AGUUUACCCUCCCUCUCCAUGGCGACAGCCCUCCGCUCUGCGCACGUCCCGUCAUUUAAAUAAAAUGGGCAAAACGCUGUUUCUGCCCAAUCUGCGAUCCAGAGUGACGUCACGGAACAGGCGAGGACACAAAACUAGUUGGCAUCGCGCGCGGCAGGGCAUACGAACCAAGACAGAGACGUGAACGGUGGUGGAUAUAAAACAUAAAAAGCCAAAUCGCCGAGGGCUGACAUUUUAGGAGAGAAGAACCGAGAACACUAACCACUUUCGGUUUCUUUUUUAGGUAAUGGUCGCCACCAAAUUUUGAGAGUGUGCUGCGCAUAAACAAAUCGGGAUUUUCCAUUGGGAUUCUCCGUGUUUAACAUGAUGAAGAAGGAUAUUAACUUGAGCCUGGCGGAUGACGCCAACCUCAAGCCACAUCUGCGCGAGGCGGAGAGUAUCUUGAAUUCCCCGGACCUGGGGCUUCUCAAACUAGCCUCCCCGGAGCUGGAGAGGCUCAUCAUCCAGUCCAACGGGAUGGUCACGACCUCGCCGACCACCCAGUUCCUUUACCCGAAGACGGUCACCGACGAGCAGGAGUUCGCCGAGGGAUUCGUCAAGGCACUGGAAGACUUGCAUAAGCAGAACCAGCUAAAUGGGGGGGCGUGCGUCCAGAACAACAUGGAUAUGGGCACCAAUAUUGCCCCGGUGAAUGUCCAGCCGGACCUACCGGUUUACACGAACUUGAACAGUUACGGCAGCGGGCCGUUGGGGACCACCGUCAACUACACCACGGACACCGUCACCUUUCCACCACCUCCGUCGCAUCAUCACAUGGGGGGGACCCCGCCACAUCCGCCGCUGUCAAGGGUCCAGGCACAGAAGGACGAGCCCCAAACGGUUCCCGACGUCCAGAACUUCGGCGACAGUCCCCCCCUUUCGCCCAUCAACAUGGACUCCCAGGAGCGUAUCAAAGCCGAGCGGAAGAGGCUGCGCAACCGGAUUGCCGCUUCCAAGUGUCGGAAGCGCAAACUCGAGCGAAUCUCUCGGCUAGAGGACAAAGUGAAGUCUCUGAAAAGUCACAACUGCGACCUCGCGUCCACGGCCAGUGUGCUGCGGGAGCAGGUGUCCCAGCUCAAACAGAAGGUGCUCUGCCAUGUCACCAGCGGUUGCCAGCUGUUGCCGCAUCAGGUGCAGGUCCACUAGCCGCCUGCGGGUCCAUCUUGCGGCGCGACCAGCAUAUAAGCUUUUCUUCUAGACUUUUCAGCUUGAAUGACAUGUAGGUCUACAUAGGGCCGAAGUGUUUUUGUACAUUUGCCAGGACUGAGCUCUACGACUACACAGACCACCCAAACCUGGACAAAAUCGCAAAUGACAUGUGUUUUAUGUCCCCGUUUGUUUAAUUUAUGUGUAUUUAUAUGUGCCCAUUUAUGGCAUGAGGUAUUCACAUAUUUGCCAUGUUUUUUCUGUAGUCCUGUGUGAUGCAAAAUGUGUAUGUUGUUGACAAACCUUAAUGUUGUCAUUGGGCGCAGGGUAUCAGUGUUAGUUUUUUUGCACUUAUAGGCUGUCUGUUACAAAAAAGUGUUUAGUUGUUUUGAAUGUGAAACAUUGUCAUUUUUCUAUGAACUUUUCUUUCAAUUAUAUUAAUACAUCGCGUUUUGUUCUAAUAAUAAAGUUGCUUGGUAAAAACAACAACUAGGUCCCUUGCCAGACACAUUUUUACUUAGUAAAGUGUUUUCUUUUUAAAGUAUAAGCUUUACGUUGUGUUUACAGACUCAGCAUUGUGGUUGUUGGAUAACAGGCUAAAAUGCCAGUAGGCCUACUUUUGGCCACACAUUUGAAGUCAUACCUACGUACCUAAAGAUUUCCGUCGAUGAUCAAAGCUGGAUCAUCGUUGACAUGUGAAUUCGGGCUGGAAGUCGGUGGUCUUCUAAGACCGUAUGCCCGCCGCUGUCUAGUAGCCUACUCUAUAUUAGUGUUGUCUACCGCCCUCUGUCGACUGUUAAAUAAAUGGAAAUAGAAAUAUAACACAUAAUUAAUUGAUAAUCAGACCAACCGAUACAGCGCGUUCCAUUAGUGGUGUUGUUAAUGGAUAACAAAUGGUUGGAUGCAACAGCAAUCUUGUAAAUCUCUCUAGAGACUGGGCUCUAGUUUACACACACACACACACACACACACACACACACACACACACACACACACACACACACACACACACACACACACACACACACACACACACACACACACACACACACACACACACACACACACGUACACACACAAUUGCCCCACAAGUUGUGAAACUUUUACAAACUAUUGUUAUAUCUUAUCUAUAUGCAAUGUAUUCGGAGCAGUAAAAGAUGGUUAGCGUUCUUGCAUACCACACACCAGAUUAGACAGGCAGAUUGAAUCCAGUAAAUUUAGCACUGGAUAUACAUUUGUGAAUUGUGACAUCAAAUCAACAUGUGAUAACAGGUCACCAAAUAUAUCAUGCAACACUACAUGUGAUAAAGACGGGCUCGUAUGGCUAGGUAGGAGUUUGAUGAAUCUAGAACAUAGAAUAUGGAUGAAUUAAUCAUUAUUUCAUUGACUACACGUCUAGAAUACCAAAAUGCACCUUUUUUCGAAAAAAAUAUAUUUUAA